AUGAACUUCUCUUCUUCUGAGAAUCAGACAUCUGUCAUGGAAUUCAUUUUCUUGGGAUUUAGGAAUAUUAAAGAAGGGAGAAGCGUUCUCACCAUCCUCUUUCUCACAAUGUAUGUCAUCUGCUUCUUGGGAAAUUCACUCAUAAUCACUGUGUCUGUGUUAAAUCAGUCUCUGCACACUCCCAUGUAUUUCUUUCUCAGAAACCUAUCUUUUCUUGAUAUCAGUUACAUCUCUGUGACUGUACCAAAAAUGUUGGCAGACCUUUGGAUUCCCUGUCCAGGCAUUUCUUUCAUGGGCUGUGCUGCUCAGUUGUAUUUUCUUGUUGCCUUAGUGGGCACCGAGGGGUUUCUUUUGGCCUCUAUGGCUCUGGACCGCUACUUUGCUAUAAGUCGUCCACUGGUUUACGGCAGACUCAUGAAUGAAUGGACUUGUCUCCUGCUGGCUGCCACAUCCUGGACUUGUGGUUUCCUCAAUGCUUCUCUCCACACAGCACUUACAUUCCAACUGUCCUUUUGUCGCUCUCAUGGGAUCAACCAUUUUUUCUGUGACAUUCCUCCCUUGCUGAGUAUUUCCUGCUCUGACACAACAAGGAAUGAAAUUGCCCUUUUCAUACUGGGUGUGUUUGUAGGACUUAUUCCUUUCUUCUUCAUUCUGAUCUCCUAUGCUUUUAUACUUCAUGCCAUUGUAAGCAACUGGGAAAAAGGACAGCAACACAGGGGCUUUUCCACCUGUGCAUCUCACCUCACAGUAGUGAUUUUGUUCUAUGGGUCAGCCGCUUUCACAUACUUCCGUCCAACCUCAAGCUAUUCACUGGAAAAGGACCAGCUUGUGGGGAUUCUAUACAACAUCUUAACACCAACACUCAAUCCAAUUAUCUACAGCCUACGGAACAAAGAAGUGAAAAUGGCAGUGAAGAAGCUGAUAAGUGAGAAGAUUUUUGUUCACAGAAUUUAG